GCGAUGCUGAGGCUUAGAGUUUAGGAGACGAGUCCAUCCGUGAGGCCGGUCCUGGGCGUUCGGCAGCAGGAGGAGCCGGGGCGGGGAGAUCGGCCCGGGCGAGCCGCGGGGACGCACGCAUCGCUGCCGGACCUCGCGGGACCGCGCUCCCCCCCAGAGCGCCGCAUACGCAGCCACACGGCCUCGUGUGGGGGGCGGCGGGCGGCCGCGAGGCGCUGCCGCAGCGCGGGGCUUGUAAACAGAUCCGGCCGCACGUGACCAUGUGAACUACCUGCUCCCGGGACGCCUUAUUGUCCUUCCCGCGAGCAACGCCACAAAGGAGCCGGGCGGUCCGAGUGCGGAGGGACCGGCGAACGAGCGGGGAGAGCCGGCCGGCCGGCUCGCUAAGAUGGCUGAAGGCGCCCGGCGAGGGUGAGCGGGGGGCGCGGCGCAGCCAGCCGGGGAGUCCUCGGGCGGGCAGGGCCGGCGGCCCUCCUCCGCGGCCCCAAGCCGGGGCCACCAUGUCGUUCGCGCUGGAGGAGACGCUGGAAUCGGACUGGGUGGCUGUGCGGCCCCAUGUGUUCGACGAGCGCGAGAAGCACAAGUUCGUGUUUAUUGUGGCCUGGAACGAGAUCGAGGGCAAGUUUGCCAUAACCUGCCACAACCGGACGGCCCAGAGGCAGAGGAGCGGCUCCCGGGAGCAGGCGGGGGCGCGAGGGGGCUCCGAGGCCGGCGGACCUGCGUCGGACGCGAGCCGCGGGCCGGGCAGCCCGGCAGGCAAGGGCCGGCCAGAGGCCAUUGCUUCUGCCACUCCGGUCAGGAGCCCCGGGCCCCGGCGGAACCCCGCCUGGGCAGAGGGCGGUUCUCCGCGGAGCACGCGAAGCCUUCGGGGAGACCCGCUGCUGCGGACUCCGAGCGGCAAAGGAGAGGAGAGUUCUCUCAGAAGCCCCGUGCGGGCCAAGCCCACCCCGGUCCGGAGGGCAUCUGAAGCCAGGGAUGCAGCGGGGGCUGCCGCUGCGGCAGCCCGGCCAGCACCCAGAGAGGCUCCGGUGUCCUCCGUGCGGGUAGUGAGCGCCUCUGGGGCGGUCUCCGAGGAGAUCGAGGUGCUGGAAAUGGUGAGGGAGGACGAGGCGCCCCUGGCGGACUCGGAGCAGCCGCUGCCUGCCGCUGACCUGGAGUCUCCCGCCGAAGAGUGCAGCUGGGCCGGACUCUUCUCCUUCCAGGACCUGCGCGCCGUGCACCAGCAGCUGUGCUCAGUGAACUCGCAGCUGGAGCCGUGCCUGCCGGUGUUCCCAGAGGAACCCUCGGGCAUGUGGACUGUGCUGUUCGGGGGCGCCCCCGAGAUGACCGAACAGGAGAUCGACACCUUGUGUUACCAGCUGCAGGUCUACCUGGGCCACGGCCUGGACACCUGCGGCUGGAAGAUCCUCUCCCAGGUGCUCUUCACUGAGACCGACGAUCCCGAGGAGUAUUAUGAAAGCCUCAGCGAGCUGCGGCAGAAAGGCUACGAAGAAGUGCUUCAGAGGGCUAGGAAGCGCAUCCAGGAGCUGUUGGAUAAGCACAAGAAUACAGAGAGCAUGGUGGAGCUUCUGGACUUGUAUCAGAUGGAGGACGAAGCCUACAGCAGCCUCGCAGAAGCUACUACGGAGCUCUAUCAGUAUUUACUACAGCCAUUCCGAGAUAUGAGAGAACUUGCCAUGCUACGAAGACAGCAGAUCAAGAUUUCCAUGGAGAAUGACUAUUUGGGACCCCGAAGAAUUGAGAGUCUACUAAAAGAAGAUGCUGACUGGCAGCGGAAGGCUCACAUGGCUGUACUGUCCAUUCAAGAUCUUACUGUCAAAUAUUUUGAAAUAACAGCUAAAGCUCAAAAAGCUGUGUACGACCGAAUGCGAGCAGAUCAGAAGAAAUUUGGUAAAGCAUCAUGGGCAGCAGCUGCUGAACGUAUGGAAAAACUCCAGUAUGCAGUUUCUAAGGAGACUUUGCAGAUGAUGAGAGCUAAAGAGAUCUGCUUAGAACAGAGGAAACAUGCACUGAAGGAAGAGAUGCAGAGUUUGCAGGGUGGUACAGAAGCUAUAGCCCGAUUGGAUCAGUUAGAAGCUGAUUACUAUGAUCUGCAACUUCAGUUGUAUGAAGUACAGUUUGAAAUCUUGAAGUGUGAAGAGCUACUAUUGACAGCACAACUAGAAAGCAUCAAAAGACUUAUAUCGGAAAAGAGAGAUGAAGUGGUGUACUAUGACACUUACGAAAGUAUGGAGGCAAUGCUGGAGAAGGAAGAGAUGGCAGCGUCUGUGUACUUACAGAGAGAGGAGCUGCAGAGACUUCAGCAGAAAGCACGCCAGCUGGAAGCAAGGCGCGGACGGGUUUCAGCUAAAAAAGCAUACCUCAGAAAUAAAAAGGAAAUUUGUAUUGCAAAACACAAUGAAAAAUUCCAACAGCGUACUCGGAGUGAAGAUGAAUAUAGAACUCAUCACACAGUACAACUAAAGAGAGAAAAAUUACAUGAUGAAGAAGAAAGAAAAAGCAUCUGGGUUAGCCAAGAGCGACAGAGAACGCUGGAUAGACUUAGAACGUUUAAACAGAGGUAUCCUGGGCAAGUUAUACUUAAAUCAACCAGAUUACGACUGGCUCAUGCAAGAAGAAAAAGUAUAGUAAGUCCUGUUCAGCGCGAGGAUCAGUGUGACUGUCUGCCAGGAGUGUUACAAGUAGAAGAGAAAACUGACGAGGUGGGAGAAGGAAGAAGCAAGCUUGGGCCACCACAGACAACAAAACCCCAGAGCCUUGCACAACUUGAAGACUCUUCAUUAGCACAACUUGAAGCCACUUCAUUACCUCUCAGUGGUGUUACCUCUGAACUCCCUCCCACUGUAUCUCUUCCACUUGUGAAUAACAACCUUGAACCAUGUUCUGUUACCAUAGAUCCACUCCCACCACCUCGUCCUCCAACACCACCUCCUCCCCCACCACCACCUCCUCCCCCUCCUCCCCCACCUCUGCCUGUUGCUAAGGACGAUGUCCCAGAGACACUGGAGAAAGAUCUGCCUAGAAAGGAAGGGAACGAGAAGAGGAUCCCGAAGUCUGCCAGUGCCCCGUCAGCACACCUCUUUGAUAGCAGCCAGCUGGUCAGUGCCCGGAAGAAGCUCAGAAAGACAGCUGAAGGUUUGCAAAGGAGGAGGGUGAGCUCACCCAUGGAUGAGGUGCUAGCUUCCUUGAAGCGUGGUAGUUUUCACCUGAAAAAGGUUGAACAGCGAACUCUGCCUCCUUUUCCUGAUGAAGAUGAUAGUAAUAAUAUCUUGGCACAGAUAAGAAAAGGGGUAAAAUUGAAGAAGGUACAGAAAGAGGUGUUAAGAGAAUCAUUCACGCUUCUGCCCGAUACAGACCCUCUCACACGCAGCAUCCAUGAAGCUCUUAGAAGAAUUAAAGAAGCAUCCCCCGAGUCAGAGGAUGAAGAGGAGGCUUUGCCUUGCACGGACUGGGAGAACUAACAAGCAACAGAAAGAAGAAAAAUACCUACAGUUGAAGAUUGGUUCUGAUUCUUUGGAACACAACAGCUUAAGCACCUGUUUCCACAGUUGGAUUACAUCAGAUCCAAAGUAUAUUGGCUCAGUGGUGUGAAAAAGGCACAAUUGGCAAGUUAUCACUUUCCAGUCAUUCCAUUAGGUGGUGGUUAACAUGAGUUUUAGAUGUGCAAUGUUCCUGAUUGCAAUGAAAAAAAAAAAGCCUUCUGGUGAUUUCUGGGGGUUUCUUUAUGCACCUUCUCCUCCCGUCCACGUGUUUACAUCCUUAUAGCGGCCAGUUAAGCUAGGAAGAACACUGGGUUGACAGAUUUACUGUGAGCUGUGUUGGGACUGCUUUGAGAGCCAUCUUUCACUGCGCUGAAAGUCGUCUAAAAAUACAGAGCUGCUUCCAUAUCAGCUAUAAAAUAGUGUUGUACUCUGAAAAAGUUUAUCACGAUAGCUGUAUGUCAGGAAUUAAAAUCAGAUGGAAAUGCA